CAGCCGGCAGAAAGGGGAGAAAGCAGGAGAGAAAUUCUGCAGAUUUUAGUACAGUGUAUAGUUUUGCAACUUUGUCGGAUCCGUAAAAUUUCACCAUUGGAUUGGGCUGAAAUUUUGUCUGGGAGUUCACAAGACAUUCAUCUACCUUUUGAAUGGUGACAUCCCGUUCUUCCCAACAGGAUCUUCAUCUACAAUUCAUUUCCUCAUCUUGGCUCUCACAACACUAUUCUGUUUUUCCUCUGUCUCAGCACGAUCAUUUUCUGUGUCCAAGCAUGAUACCUGAGUUUGUCACCAGCCUCAUCCUCGCUCCUAUUAUAGAGACGUUGAUUUCCAAAUUGAUUUCACGUGCCUAUGGAUGGUGGACAGCUUCGAGUUCGAGUUCACGUUUUGAUCCCGUAAUGGAGCUGACGAAACUUGAAGAUUCACUAAAGAUGAUCCAGUCUGUACUUAAAGAUGCAGAGGGAAAACAGGGAAGAGAAAGUGAUGACCCUAUAAGGCUCUGGCUACAAGAUCUCCAAAAGGUAGCUUAUGAUGCUGAGGAUGUACUUGAUGAGUGCGAUUAUGAGCAUCUUCAGUACCAGCUUAAGCCUCGAGGUGGGAAGAAGAACGGCGAUAAGAAAAAGAAAAGCAGUACCCCCAGCUUCACUAUUGGUUCUGAUAUAGGUGACAGAAUAAAGGAUAUCAAUGGGCACUUUGAUAGAUUAAAAGAGCGCGUUUUUCUACUAAAUCUAAAGGCAUGCCAGCAAUGUCAUCCAACUGCUAGGCAAUUUACACCGACAGACUCCCUUCUUGAUUGUUCAGAAGUUUUUGGAAGGGGAGAUGAUAUUUCAGAAAUUGUUAGCAUGUUGGAUAACUUGAGGAAUAAACAUCCAAUCUCUGGUGUUUGAAUAGUUGGCAUGGGGGGCCUUGGAAAGACAACUGUAGCAAGAUCAAUAUACAAUAUGGCCAAGGAACACUAUGAUCUAGUAGUCUGGGUGUGUGUCUCUGAAGACUUUAAUGAGCAAACAAUUGUGAGAGAGAUGUAUGAACAUUUAAAGGUUGGUGUCGUUCCAAGCAGCAUCAAUGUACUUGUUGAAGAUCUUGCACAAAAAUUAGAGAAGAAAACUUUUCUUCUCAU